AUGGCGGGUAAGCAACGACCGGCAAGCGGGGAAGGGCAACGGAAGGAGGACAUUGAAGGAGGAGGGGAAGGAGCACCGAGUGCUGUACCGCAAGGGCCCAAAGGGCACGCUUCAUUUGCCAAACUAUAUUUUCUCCUCUCUCCGCCCUCACUCCCGUUGCCCAUGGUACAGUUGAAGGAAGAGGGCAAGGAGCACCGCGUGCUGUACCGCAAGGGCCCGGAGGGCACGCCGCUGCACGAGAUCUGCCUCGAAGGGAUCAUCAACGGCCCUCUUGACACCUUGCUGGCGGUGGUGUGGGAAGUCCCGUUCUUCAAGGACUGGUGGCCACAGUUCAGCGUGCCGCCCUUCAAGGUGCUAGAGUCCAAAUUCGCCCACCGCAUCGCACCGGGCCUAGAGCUCAGCUACCUGCAGUUCAGGUCGCCAUGGCCCUUCGCCACGCGAGAGCUGCUCUUUUUUGCCUUCAUGGUUCACGACACUGCCACGGGCCUCUUUGUUGCCUCCGUGCUCUCGCCACCUGACGACAUAUCACACAUGGACCCCGAGACAGCAGCCCUGCACCCAUCCGCCAUCCCCGCUGUGGCGCCGGGCUGUGUGCGCAUGACUGUGGGCGGCGGCUUUGCAGGCCAGGACCUGGGGGGCGGCCGCUGCUACUUCCGUGGUGCAUGCACGCUGGAUAUGAAAUUCGACCUCAUGCCCCCAUGGCUCAUCAAUUUCGUUGCCAGGCAGCUAGCAGGCUCUGGUUACCACCUGCUCUGCCACGAAGUGGACACCAUCGUUAAAGCCACGGCCGCUGCUGCUGCUGCUGGUGUGAAGAAGUGUGACAAGAAGAAGGGGCGCGGGGCGUUUCAGCAGCUUCUGGCCUCCGAUCCCGUCUAUGCGGGUCUGAGGAAAGCGAUGGAGGAGUAUAGACGGGCUCCGUUACCCAAUCCUUUUCGUCUGGACCUCUUCCUUCGGCUCGGCACGGAGGUCUGGAAGCUGGAGAGGGCAUGGCGAGCUUGCUUCGGGAGUCCUCCUCUGUACGUUCGGGGCCACUUCCUAGCAUCCGAACCGUCACUGGCAGCACCACCAGCAGCGGCAGCUAUGGUAUCAUUGCUAACCUUCGGGCAGGUGAAAUUCCAGAUAUGCUGA